AUGGCCCCUCCACCGACACCAGACACGGGGAGGAACGAGGAGCUAAGCUUCCCGGCACUCCCAAACCUCUUGAACAAGAGGCUGCAAGGGUACCUGGACGGUCUGGCAGACCAACUUCACGAAUACCACGUGGACAUGGUGGACCACACCAAAGACCUCAAGGAGGCACUGGAGGCUCGGGUGAGGAAGGAGGCCAGAAGGGCCAAAAAGGCCAAGAAGACCAAGAAGAACGUGAGCCGCCAGAAGGAGCAGAAGGAUGUGGGUGCGGGCGGGUCGGUCCCAGAUUCGCAGGCGAAAGGGGCCAGAGAUGAAAAGGGCAAUCUAAUAUUUUGGAGUUUACCAUGA